AGGUAAUGAUUUCGAUCAAUAUCAAUGGAAUUCGGCCAAAACAUAUGAAAAAUAUAAUGUACAUGAAUCGUAUAGAGACAAAUCUGAAUUAGGCCAUUUAACAAAUAAUUCAAAAAGAACCC